GAUGGUCACUCCGUGACGAAGCCGGAAAUAUCACUUAAGACUACACGUUUGGAUACAAGCCCAAGAUAGUGUUAGCUAGAAUUAGUGGUAUUUUUCUUUCUUUCUUUAAAUAACGAACGGUUAGUGCACUCUCCACUCACCCUCUAGGAACAAAUGUCUUCGUUAAACGGAAAACCGGAUGUUAUAUUCGAGGACGAUGACCUGCCUUAUGAAGAGGAGAUUAUCAGGAACCCAUAUUCAGUCAAGUGCUGGAUGCGUUACAUCGAAUUCAAGCAGAACGGACCCAAAUCCACCCUCAACAUGAUAUAUGAGCGGGCUCUCAAAGAGCUGCCUGGCAGUUAUAAAUUGUGGUACAAUUAUCUGAGGGAGAGGCGGAAACAAAUCAAGGGGAAAUGCAUCACUGAACCAACCUAUGAAGAAGUCAAUAAUUGCCAUGAAAGGGCGCUGGUGUUCAUGCAUAAGAUGCCUAGAAUAUGGCUUGAUUACUGCCAGUUCCUUGUGUCUCAGUGCAAGAUCACAAGAAGUCGGCGAACAUUUGACCGAGCACUCAGGGCUCUUCCUGUUACUCAGCACCCACGCGUCUGGCCUCUGUAUCUUCGCUUUGUUCGUAACCUGCCCUUGCCUGAGACAGCUAUCCGGGUAUACCGAAGGUACCUUAAGCUUUCUCCAGAGAAUGCAGAGGAAUACAUAGACUACUUGCGCUCUGUUGGCCGGUUGGAUGAAGCAGCUUUGCGACUAGCAGCUGUUGUCAAUGAUGAAGGCUUUGUAUCCAAAGAGGGCAAGUCUAACUAUCAAUUAUGGCAUGAGCUAUGCGACCUGAUCUCCCAGAACCCUGAUAAGGUGACCUCUCUGAAUGUAGGAGCCAUCAUCCGAGGAGGCCUCACUCGCUUCACAGACCAACUUGGGAAACUUUGGUGCUCUUUAGCUGACUAUUACAUCAGGAGCGGCCACUUUGAGAAAGCCCGUGAUGUGUAUGAAGAGGCCAUCCUUACAGUGGUAACAGUAAGGGAUUUCACACAAGUGUUUGACAGUUAUGCCCAGUUUGAGGAGAGCAUGAUUGCUGCCAAAAUGGAAACCACUGCUGAGAUGGGACAAGAUGUAGAUGAUGACAUAGACUUGGAGCUUAGACUGUCCCGCUUUGAGCAGUUGAUAGCCCGGCGGCCCCUCCUCUUGAACAGUGUUCUACUGAGGCAGAAUCCUCAUAAUGUCCAUGAGUGGCACAAACGGGUAAAACUGUAUGAGGGCAAUCCACGGCAGAUCAUCAACACAUACACUGAAGCAGUGCAGACUGUGGAUCCAAUGAAGGCCACAGGGAAGCCUCACUGUCUGUGGGUCUCCUUUGCUAAAUUCUAUGAGGAGAAUGAGCAACUGGAUGAUGCUAGGACAAUCUUUGAAAAGGCUACCAAGGUGAACUACAAGCAGGUAGAUGACCUUGCUGCUGUGUGGUGUGAAUAUGGAGAGAUGGAGCUUCGCCAUGAGAAUUAUGAACAGGCACUGCGCAUACUGAGGAAAGCUACGGCCAUCCCAUCCAAAAAAGCGGAGUACUUUGAUGCAUCUGAGCCUGUCCAGAACAGAGUGUACAAGUCCUUGAAGGUCUGGUCUAUGCUGGCAGACUUGGAGGAGAGUCUUGGCACUUUCCAGUCUACAAAAGCAGUGUAUGACCGUAUUAUUGACCUCCGCAUUGCCACGCCACAGAUUGUCAUCAAUUAUGCCAUGUUUCUUGAAGAGCACAACUACUUUGAAGAAAGCUUCAAGGCGUAUGAGCGCGGUAUUGCUCUCUUCAGGUGGCCAAAUGUGUAUGACAUCUGGAACACUUACCUUACCAAGUUCAUUGAUCGUUAUGGGGGCAAGAAGUUGGAGAGAGCUAGAGAUUUAUUUGAACAAGCGCUGGAUGGCUGCCCUGCCAAGUUUGCCAAGACCAUUUACCUUUUGUAUGCCAAAUUGGAGGAGGAGUAUGGAUUGGCACGACAUGCCAUGGCUGUCUAUGAAAGAGCAACACGGGCAGUCGAAACUGAGGAGAGACAUCAAAUGUUUAAUAUCUAUAUCAAGAGAGCAGCUGAAAUUUAUGGAGUUACAUAUACCAGAGCAAUUUACCAGAAGGCUAUUGAGGUCCUUCCUGAUGAGCAUGCGAGGGACAUGUGUCAGCGGUUUGCAGACAUGGAGUGUAAACUGGGUGAGAUUGAUCGGGCCAGAGCAAUCUACUCCUACUGCUCCCAGAUCUGUGACCCAAGGGUGACAGCUAACUUCUGGCAGACCUGGAAAGAAUUUGAGAUCCGCCACGGAAACGAGGACACCAUUAGAGAGAUGCUUAGGAUCAAACGCAGUGUCCAAGCCACCUACAACACCCAGGUCAAUUUUAUGUCCUCUCAGAUGCUGAAGGCCACAACAAGCUCCACAGGCACUGUGUCCGAUCUUGCUCCAGGUCAGAUGGGAAUUGAUGACAUGAAGUUGUUGGAACAGAAAGCACAGCAGCUUGCUGCAGAAGCCGAGCAGGACAAACCCAAGCCCAAAGAGAAGAUUCUCUUUGUCAGGAGUGACACCUCUCGCAGUGAAUUGGCUGAGCUUACCAAACAAGCUAAUCCUGAUGAGAUCGACAUUGAUGAUGAUGACGAUGAAGAUGAUGACCAAGGACCGGAUGAGGUGCAGCUUGAACAGAAGAGCGUACCUGCAGCUGUGUUUGGAGGGCUUAAAGAUGACUGAAAGAUGCUCUUGCCUACUGAAAGAUACUGUCUUUUGAUUUCUCUUGUAGUCAUUGAUUAGGAUUUAUUUUAAACUUUUGUAAAAGUUCUGUCAUAUUCACCUUAUUUCAAUCGCAUGUUAUGAGUGAAAAUUGUUCAUAAUGGCAGCAUCUGUGCCUUAGCUGCAUUUUCCUUCUGGGUUUUUGUACUUUAGUCUACAAAGAGAUGAACAAACCUGUAUCAAUUUUGGCCACAUGGUGUCAGCAUGACACUCAAGAUAGUACUUCAGCAUUUUUGUGUUGAAAUAAAAUACUAAUAAUGUGGUUUCAUGAUAACUAUAA